AUGACCAAACAAGAAGAAGAGAUAGAGCUGAUCGAGGACGUCCCGGACGAUGAUGACGAAGUCAGCAGCGACGACGACGCGAACGAGGACGAAGACGGAGAUGGCGUGCCCGGGAGGGGAAAGCAGUCUCGGUCGGAGAAGAAGAGCAGGAAGGCGAUGCAGAAGUUGGGCAUGAAGCCCGUUCCCGGGGUGCAGAGGGUGACGAUCAAGAAGAGCAAGAACAUUCUCUUCGUGAUAUCCAAGCCAGACGUCUUCAAGAGCCCUGCCUCCGACACUUUCAUUAUCUUUGGGGAGGCCAAGAUCGAGGACCUGUCGGCACAGAGCCAGGCCGCAGCUGCCGAGCCAUUCCGCAUGCAACCAGAGCCUGAGCCUGUGGACGAGAAGCCAGAGUCUACACUGGUGGAGGUGGAGGCGGACGGGGAGGAGGUGGAUGAGACGGGCCUGGAGCCCAAGGACAUCGAACUUGUGAUGGCACAGGCCAAUGUUUCAAGGGCCAAGGCUGUAAAGUCACUUAGAAAUGCUGACCAGGACAUCGUGUCCGCCAUCAUGGAGCUCACAAUGUGA